CUCCCAAGGGCAAAAUCGAAGCUGCAUCACUUCUUUCCCGAGGUUGCUAAGGUAACUACUUUAACACACUCGACCACCACGGUCUCAAAAAAAUAAAAAAUAAUCAUGUUUUAUAAAAUACAAUGUAAUAUAACAAACGUUUUAUAGGAGAUAUGUUUACAACGUUAGACUUCAUACUUGAUUUCUUUCUAGUAAGUUAUGCUUUUUUAUCAGGGAUCAUCCAAAGAGUUGUUUUUCUUGUGUCUGUUAAAUUUCACAGAAAACCGUUCUAAAAUGUCCAUGGAAUUUUGCUUAAAAUAGUGAAAAAGUUAAAGUAUCAAAGCACUAUAAUCACAGAAGAAGUUAGAGAACAAAUCGACAAUCCAAAAAUGUCGUAUCAAUAUAUUACAGAACACAAUUUAAAUUUUUUCUUGAGUCUUAGAAGAAUCACUGUCUCUAGGAAAAAUUUUAAUAUCAUCCGUAGGCUCUAAUCUGUUAUAUUUUCCUUUUACAAUUCAUGAAAUAGCGUAGAAUUUUAUUUCAUAUUUUAAAUAAAAUAUUAAAUUAUUUUAGGUACUGUUUUUUGACAUACAUUUUUAUGACUGGGGCAAUAUGUUACUGCUGUAAAUUCGAAUCAACAGUUGUAUCGAUUGCAACUGAUUGUGUUUAAUGCAAAACUUUCAUUGAAUAAGUUCAAAUGUAAUUUUUUGUAUUUUUACGGCAAUUAAUUUUAAAAAAUCACAAUAUUGUAUAAGCUUAACUGUUUUUUAUAUUUAUUGUGUUCUAAAUUUUUAUUUCUAAACCAUACACAUGAAUUUAAAUAAAUUUAUUGGUUUAUUACUGUCGAAAUUUUGAUUGGUUAUUUCUAAAUGAAAACAAUUACAUCAUUUAAAUACUUGAUUAAAUUUAUAAAAACAUAUAUCCAGAGAACGAUUGUUUGAAGUAGACUAAAAAAGUUCAGUUGGCCGCUGUGUAAGUGAUCAAAUGUGUACGUACAACACUGUUGAUUAGCCGAACUAGCGCGGAUUGAGUUUUCAACAGAUAUGUUGUAUUGUUUAAGUAAUGGAUGUAUUUAACUUUUUUUUGAAUAGCAGUACUUAAACGUGUGUUAUUUUAGGAAAGGUGAGAUUGUUGUUUGUGUAUUUCAUAUAUAGACAUCAUAAUCAUUUUAACAUCAUUUGUAAACAUAAUUUUUUUAAAUACGUAUGUAUUUUCUGAAAGCCAUUAUUAAUUUCUCAUCUUUUUUUUUUUUACUAGUUAGUAAUUUUGUAAGUGAUAGUUUGUGGAUCGACUCUUUUCUUUAAUUACUCCUGUUUUGUUAUUCCCAAUUUAAGUUGCAUGGCAGAGUUUGUGGAUCGUAGUUUAGAAUUUUGUUGGAUUUUUGGUGGAGAUCUUGAUGGUUCCGCUUUUGGGAGGAAUUAUUCUCAUCAAGAAAAAUCUUUUAAAAGAAUGCCUGUCAAUAAAGAAGGUCACUUUACUACAGUUGAUGGUAUCCCAGUUAGAAAGCUCUUCAUUGCAAAUCUGACAUCAUUAACUGCGGAAAGACAUCUUGUGCUGGCAUUUAAAAACUUUGGCAAUAUUGUUGAUGUGUCUAUUAUUAAAACACCAACUGACAAGUCAAAUAAAUCCAAUUUUGGAUUUAUUACAUUUGAAACUCCUGCUGAAGCUACUAGAGCUUUGAAAAAGAGACACAGUUUAUUUAUUUUGAAUCGCAAGGUUUAUGUCUUCCCGGCUGACAGUUGGCAUCAACCUCUUGAACUUCCAAAUGGUCAAAUAAUUUGGGAUAGAAGAAAAGCUCCAGCUGAACCCGAAGCUGAAGCUAAUGUCGCCGAUGAAGAUAAACUUUGUGGAACAGAAGAUUCUUUUGCUGAAACUCUUAUCCUCGCCGAAGUAGAUGAACCCGAUUCAGAUUGCUCCGUAUCCAAAUUGAAUGAUGAUUGCUUGCUUCUCAUCUUUGACUGGUUGCCCAUGAAUGAACGGCUGGUUCUUAAUAAGGUUUGUCGUAGAUGGAAACUAUUAAAUAUGCGUAUGUGGCACGGUAUAAAGAAGUUGGAUUUUACUGUUCCGCCUCUUGAUUCUACUUUGUCCGACGAACUCCUUAGAAACUAUCUGAGCCUUUGUCCAAAUGUGACUCACAUCAACAUCGCUCAAGAUGGACAUAAACUAACUGCGGAUGCUAUUGUCACAAUUGCUAAUUGCUGCAAGAAACUGGAAUCAAUAGUGAUUAGAGAUAUUAAAAUUCAUAAAAGGAGUCUAGCUUUUUUGGCAAGAAGCUGCCCUAUGCUUAAAUCAUUUUCCAUGGAUGCAUGUUCUACUCAACACGAUGGUGAAAUGGUGGCCUUGGUUAAGAAAUCUUCCCUUGAAGAAAUCAGCUUGAAGUACAGUGCUUCUUCUGUCGGGUUAUGGUUAAAAUACUUGCAUCCUCCAUUAAAAUCGAUGUCGCUGGAAAUGUAUGAAUUCAGAUCAGAUUUCUUAUUACAGGGGAUAAGAAAUGUUAAAGACACCUUAAAAGAGUUGAGAUUUGUCUCUUGUGAGUCGAUACGGAGUAAUGAUGUGGAAAGGAUAGCGUCGAUAGUGCCUGAACUGAAUUCAUUGACGCUCGCUGGAGGAUUUAUCGAUUUUAAGUCGCAUUCUCUCACUCCGAUAACUAAGUUGAAGAAGCUGACACGACUUGAUUUGGAUAACAAUGCAUUCGUUUGUGAUCACUUUCUCAACGAGCUUUCUCAACAGUGUAGUCUCUUGAAAUACUUGAGUCUAUCAGGAAUAGAUGACAGAUAUUUGACGGUGCAAGGUCUCAGCGUAUUGUCGGAAUUCACCAGGCUGACUCAUCUCACUUUGGCGUGUUUGAUCAAACUCGAUGAUUCGAUACUCAAGUCAAUUUCGCAGAAAAUCAAAAACCUACAACAUUUGGACCUCAUGGGUUGCAGUUCCAUCACAGAUGAAGGAUGUCAAAGCAUUGUUAAAAAUUGUAAGGAAUUGGAAAUCCUCGACGUGAGUGGUUGCAUGCACGUUACCAACCUGACCGUAACAGCUGCCAUCGCAAGCAGUUUGGAAAAUGCAGGGAAGAAGAAACUCAAGAUAAUCGCCGGAGAAUCUGGAAUUGAUGUUGAUAUAUGCUGGUCGUCGGAAGUGACUGUCGACCCAUCAUCUUCUAUUAUGUCGCAAUAUCCUGGUACGAUGCUAAUCAUAGAUCCUGAAUUCAGAUAUGACGAUGAUUUCUUCAAUAAUUUGUUCAUGGAUGAAUAUGAGUAUGAUGAUCUAUAUGAUGAUGACAGUGAAUCAUUUUUUGAUGAUGAUGACGACGACGACGAUGACGAUGAUGAAUUCAACAUACCAUUGAACUCAAAUUUAUUCGAAUCAGACUACGAAAAUUCAGAUCCGGGAUUUCUUUUUCUAAAUUAGAAAUUACGGUUCUUGUCCACUUUUCUUACUUAUACGUUUUUAAAGUCAGUAUUUCAAGUUACAUACACCAUGUAUUUUAAUUAUGUGAAAUAUUCUAUGUAUGAAAGUUAUAUAAAUAUUUAUUUUUGUAUAUGUAACAGAUUUGUAAUUGUUAAGUCAUUAUGUUAUCUGUCUUAGUUUUUUUCUAUUCAACCUGAAUAAAUAAUUUAAAAUGUGAUUCUUUUUUGUUGUCACUUCUUUGUUAUUUAAAAAAAAUUAGUUCAUAAUGUAUUUCUU